AGCUACAGUAAGCGCUUCGGGUAUCUGCUCGAAGAUUCGAACCGGUGGCAGCUGCGAGCGUCGGUGCCACUUGAUGUGCCCAUCGGGUCAUUGAACUUGACUUUGGAUGGCGGUGUUAUUGCUGACAGGAGAGAUGGUCAUUUUCCGAGAGCUACCAGUGUCGCGAAUGGGCGGCACAGCCAUGCGGAUCAGUGCUGUUGUUUUGGGUUACUGUUGGGAUUGUUGGCAGUUAUGGCUCGUCAAUCGUUUAAUGUUGGAAUCGAAUAA